AGCAGCUGGAGUGCGACCAGAGAAACCUCAAACAUGCGUCAAUCCCGAAAAAAUAAACUUCACCAAAUAUCGGAUUAUAAUCAUCAUAAACCAUAACUUCUACUUCAGACUCACCAGCGCUGUAGAUUAAAUGCGAAAUACAUCGAAGAACCCAGCAGGGGCACAUGUGUUUGUGUGGUGGAGCCCUGUAUAAUCCUGCACCUCUCAAUGGAUUAAAUAUAAAGAAAAGCUGAAUCAAAUCAUUCUACACAAGGAAGGUCGAGGCACCGGUCAAACAUGCCUCUUCCUUUCGGAUUAAAACUCAAGAGAACCAGAAGAUACACGGUCUCCAACAAGAGCUGCCUGGUGACCCGUAUACAGCUGCUGAACGGUGAAUAUGUGGAGUUUACACUGUCGGUGGAGAGUACAGGCCAGGAAUGCCUGGAAGCAGUUGCUCAGAGACUCGAGUUACGAGAGAUAACAUAUUUCAGUGUCUGGUACUACAACAAACAAAACCAGCCGAGAUGGAUUGAUUUGGAGAAGCCGCUGAAGAAACAGCUUGACAAGUAUGGACUGGAGCCAACCGUUUACUUUGGAGUGGUGUUCUAUGUGUCGUCUGUUACCCAGUUACAACAAGAGAUAACCAGAUAUCAGUAUUAUCUCCAGCUGAAGAAAGAUGUUCUGGAGGGGAAGAUUCCUUGCUCAAUUGAACAGGCCAUCCAUCUGGCCAGUUUGGCGGUGCAGGCUGACCUCGGAGACUUCAAUCGAUAUGAUUCUCAGGAAUUCCUUCAAAAGAUUUUGCUUUUCCCAAUGCCGUGGAUUCAAGACGAGAGGGUUGUGGAGGAGGCCAUGCAGAAGGUUACCAUGCUCUAUCAGAACUACCGAGGUCUGUCUGCACCUGAGGCUGAGUUACUCUACAUGCAGACGGUGGAAAAGAUGGAGGGCUACGGUGAGGAGAGUGUCCAGGCAAAGGACAGCCAAAGCACAGAUGUGAUUAUCGGCUCCUGUCUGGACGGAAUAUUCGUCAAGCACAAAAAUGGGAAAGCACCUCUCUCGUUUCGGUGGAAUGACAUUAAUAAUAUGACUCAUAAUAAGUCGUUCUUUGCCCUGGAGCUCGCCAACAAAGAGGACACAAUCCAGUUCCAGACCGAGGAUAUGGAGACGUCCAAGUAUGUGUGCAGAAUGUGGCUGGCGCGGCACAAGUUUUACAAAAUUAACAACAGCAGCCUAGAGCCGUCCGAUGGCCCUGAUUCCUCUGACAGUCCCCAGAGGUCCAUUCUCACUCUCUCAUUUCCUCGCUUUCCGACGCUCUUGCGUCCCUCUGUGCCGGCUGAUAAAGGUCAAACUCAGCCAGCGCCAGUGAACCCAGUGAGGCGACGGUCUUCCACAAGAUUGUCUCUGCCAAAACCUCAGACCUACAUGAUGCCACCUCAGAUGCACUUUAAUGGCCAUUACACAGAGCCGUACACGUCUUCACAAGAUAACCUUUACAUCAACAAUCAGAAUGGUUGUGUUUACUACCAUUCCCAGACCAGUCUCGACCGCUCUCCACACGAGUAUAACGGAAGGAUCCGCAAUGGCAGUGUGUACAGCGCCCAGAGCACCAGCUCCCUUAACAACCCUCAGCACUACCUGCAACCAUCGCCCAUGUCCUCCAACCCCAGCAUCACUGGAAGUGAUCUUAUGCGGCCAGACUACGUGCCUUCCCACCGCCACAGCGCAUUGAUUCCACCGUCCUACCGCGCCACGCCAGACUACGAGACCAUUAUGAGGCAGAAAAACCAGGGUAUGGUACCGCCCACCGAACGACAGAGCCACUCCAUGAGGAACUUAAACAUCGGCAACUCUUACGCGUACAGCCGACCCGAUCCACUUGUUUACAGCCAACCGGAGAUCCGCGAGCACGGCGCAGGACAAUACCCGUUCCACCUCAACUACAGCUUCCACAGUCCCUCUCCAUACCCGUACCCCACCGAGAGACGACCCGUAGUGGGUGCCGUUAGUGUCCCCGAGCUCACAAACGUCCAGCUCCAGCAGGCCCAGGAGUACCCACCGCCCAACAUUAUAAGGAAUCAAGUUUACUGGCCACCACCCCCUUAUCCGUACCCUCACCCUCGACCAGCCAAUAGUACGCCGGACCUGUCGCGUCACCUCUACGUCAGCAGCAGUAACCCCGACCUCAUAACACGCCGCGUCCAUCACUCAGUACAAACCUUCCAGGAGGACAGUUUGCCCGUGGCGCACUCGCUGCAGGAAGUGAGCGAGCCUCUCGUCAUGACACGCCGGCCGCACAUGCACAAGCGGAACUCCAUCGAGAUCGCUGGGCUUGCGUACGGCCUAGAAAACAUGAGGCUGAAAGAGAGGAAGGUAUCUGCAUCUGCGGCUGAAACCCCUCCCUCGCUCUCCCAAGCGAAGCUGGCCACGCCUUCCAGCUCCGAAAUCAACGCCGUACUGGAAGUGACGAAACCCGAGGAUGCGGUCAUUAAAGAGGACGUGUGCUACGGGCACAAAAAAUCUCUUUCCGACGCCACGAUGUUGGUGCACAGCAGCGGUGAGGAAGAGGAGCUUGAAGAUGACAGUGGCCGACACACGCCACAGUCUCAGGAUGCCGUGUGCAGACCGGAGCAUAACUUGACGCCGCUGGGACAGCCCAUCGUUGAUCCUCCUGCUUAUCCGUUUAACCACAGUAUGGAAACCGUCCUGACUAGCGCUCAAGCGUACCAAGCCCACCCGCUCAUCCGCAAGCAGGAUGAGUUGGAUCAGUUACGGGCUUUUCGAGAGCCCGGACACAUAGCGCCUUCAGUGUCAGAAGGAGAUUUGAGUGGACAGGGGCGGAUGAAGCACAAGAGAGACAUCUUUAAGAGACCCGUCUCAGAUGUGCCCAUUGCAAGAAGGAAUAUCGAUGGACUUCCACCACCAGGUAUGAAGAAGGGUCGCUCCGAGGUCAAGAAAAUUGGUCCGCUGAAGCUGGCGGCUCUAAAUGGCCUGACCUCAUCCAGAAUGCCUUUGCCCGAUGAAGGCAAGGACGACCCGGAGAACACUUCUAAUGAUGAGAGGUGUAAGUUACUGGAGCAGCGUGUGGAUCAGGGGAUGGUCUUCACGGAGUACGAGCAGGUGGCCAAAAGAUGGCCCAACUGUGAAUGCACCAUCGCCCGGAUGCCCGAGAACAGCGACAGGAAUCGCUUCCAAGAUGUCCUGCCCUAUGAUGACACACGUGUGGAGCUGGUGCCCACCAAAGAGAACAACACAGGUUACAUCAACGCCUCGAACAUCAGGGUUACGGUUAGCGGUAAGGAAUGGACUUAUAUAGCGUCUCAAGGUCCCCUCUCAAACACCUGCCAAGACUUCUGGCAAAUGGUUUGGGAACAAGGAGUUGCCAUCAUCGCCAUGGUUACCGCGGAGGAGGAGGGGGGUCGCGAGAAGAGCUUCCGCUAUUGGCCUCGUCUUGGUUCGCGCCACAACACCGUUACAUAUGGGCGGAUUAAGAUAACCACGCGCUUCCGUACAGACUCUGGCUGUUACGCCACGACAGGACUGAAGAUCAAACAUCUUCUAACAGGUCAAGAGCGAACCGUCUGGCAUCUACAGUACACAGACUGGCCUGACCAUGGCUGCCCAGAAGACUUCAGAGGGUUCCACACCUACUUGGAGGAGAUCCAGUCCGUGCGGAGACACACAAACAGCUCGAGCGAUCCAAAGAACACAAACCUGCCGGUUCUGGUGCACUGUAGCGCAGGGGUGGGGCGCACGGGUGUGGUCAUUCUCUCUGAAAUCAUGAUCGCGUGUCUGGAACAUAAUGAGAUGCUGGACGUCCCGACUGUUCUGAAGUUACUGCGACAGCAGCGUAUGAUGAUGGUACAGACGCUUUCACAGUACACCUUCAUUUACAAAGUCCUCAUUCAGUUCCUGAAGAACUCCAGACUGAUCUGAGUCCAGGGCUGGCACAGGGGGAGAUGGCCUCUGUCAGUUUAUGUGAUCACUCAGAUCGGCGACAUGCCCUCGGCUUCGCUCCCUACAAAGUGGCGAAGGGGGGCGGGACUGGAGUCAGGGCAAGAAUGAAGGAGGCUGCGUGCCAGCCAAUGGAGCGUGCUGCAUUUAACCAGUAUUAAAACACAGAUUUCACAGUGGGCUUUUUACACCCUUUACGGAUGUCAGUCCCAGCACUUUUAUUUUGCUGUACAUAGCAAAUGCUGCAGCUCUAUUUAAUAUAAAAUACCGAACUGCCGUGGUUUGUUUUCUACUGGCUUCUUUGUGCAUUUUAAUCCUUUUGUCGUGAAGGUUUAUCAAGCCAAAAUGAAAAUAGUGGAUACCAUGUUUAAAAGACGUGUGCAGAGUUGUUUGGGUGAAUCUAAUGAAAAGAUGUCCAGGUCAGAUUUCUCCCCAAAUUUAGAAGAAAAAAUAAAAGGAAACUUGAUUUUAGGACCAUGCAUUUAAUAUGCAUAUAUUUUUGUGUAAUUCUCAUUACUGUAAUACAGUAUUUUUACUGUAGUGAUGCUGCAAAGAAUACUUAAAUCUGCAUAAAUGAAAGACAUUGCAACAGAUACUAUAGUACAUUUUUGUGUUUGCAAAACAAUGUAUUAUUUACUUCAAUUGAUUUUGGUGUGAAAUAUGACCUGGACAUGUUCUGAGAUUCACACUUGUCGUGCAUCAUAAGAUAGAUCUGACCGCCUUUAAGAGGACUCUGGAAGUUAAGAAACAUUUUCUUAAAAUGAAGUAUCAAAGUCAGUGUUACGCGGCAUGCAUCUAUGCUGUAUUUUGAGGUUUUACUCUAAAAGUGUAAUUCUACAUUCGUUUUGUAGCUUUUACUGAUGUAAUGUCAAGUUACAACACAGCCAAAGAAAGGAGUGUUUCUUUUGUGAUCGCAAACACACAACCUUUAAAUACAUUUACAAUAUUAUGUGUUAAAAUUGUAUAUGAUGUAUAAAAUGUAUUCUGCAUGCAAUCUGAGAAGCUUUGUUGUUGCAUUAGGAAUAUGUGUGUGUAUGUUUCGCAGCUCUCGUCACGAUUCCACCAGCAUACUAGAACCCAAGACACCAAAGAGCUUCACAGACUCUUAAAAUUGACUCGAUUGAUCUAUAGUGUGAGUAUAUUAAUGGUUUGCAGCCUCAUUUCCUUAAACACAGCAGCUAUGAUGGUCUACAGUACCAAAGAAUUUUCAGCCAAUCAAGUUUAUGUACUUGUAUCUUAAGUCUUAACCCAUUGAGAAACCUUAAACAUCGAUGUAUGCUGGCUGAAGAAUUUUGAAAGAGCACGUUGAUUUUAAAGGUGCUAUAUAGAAUAAUUUAGGCCCUGUGUGUGUGUUUAUUCACACGUGUAAAACUGAUUGAAAUGCUUGGCAGGUUUUAUCCACUUCUGGUAGAUCAAUACCAAUUUAAGAUACAUUCCCUGUUGGUGGUGCGGCCAUAGGUUCUUUGUCUCACCCAUUCAAAGGUACAGAUUUAUUUUAGGUUUCUAAAUUAAGAUUUAUUGUGGUGAUGAAGAAAUCAUUUAAACUGGUGUAGAUCCUAAAUGUAACCAUAUUGAGCAAAGGUUGACUCAAGAAAACUGACAAGAAAUAUCCAGCUCGUAUUUCACCUCGAGAUCAAAAGAAAGAUAUGUGCAAAAAAUAAGACGAUUUAAAUUUAGUGUCAUUUUCAGGAUACGUCAUGUAGUAUUUGUUAUUGUGAAUUUAAUGGAUCAGAUUUUAAUUGAAAAAUAUGAAUUGUUCUGUCCCAAUAGGACGGUUUUGCUUAAUUGCAAUUUAAAAUAAUGACACAAUGCAGAAUAUCUUAAAAAAUACACUUUUUUAAGUACACAAAAUAUACAGGUGUAUAAUAUUGUGAGUUUGCAGUGAAAUAAUCACUUGGAUAUUUCUUCGUGAGAUUCAACUUUAACCUCAAAUAUUCCAAUCUCAGUAUUGAUACAAUAAAUGUGACUUCGAUGGCUUAAAUGGUGAAAUAAAAAGCAUGAUUGUUCUGUGAGGCACAAUCAGUUUGUUUCACUAUAAGUUGCAUCUGAAUUCUGCACAUCAUGAAACUUAUAAAUUCCAAAAAUUGACCUAAACAUAUUUGCUGUAAGGGCUGUGUAGAUCCAUCAGUGCGACAGCUUGACAUGGCAUACUUCACUACUACGAGACAAAAGUCCAUUUAUUUUAAUAAAGUGUUUUGGAAAGGUUUGUAAAGGCACAAUCCUAAAAAAUAAAUGUUUCUUAAUAUUUGGUGAAUUGGGUUGGUUUUAGUUGCGAUAAGGUUUAAUUUUGUUCGUUUUUAGGAUUUGAGAGUGUCCAAUAAUGUUUAUUUGAACUGGAGGAUGGAAUUUCAUGGCAUUUGUGAACAAACUGGACUAUAAAAGCCCUUCUUUAAUGAUCUACUUAUAUAAAGAAUGCACAAUAAUAGAGAUAUACUGUUUAUAUUGCUGAUUUUUGAGUGUUCAUUUUUAACAACUUUAUUUGAAGGUAAUAAAACUAGCCUACUGUUUGCUCCUGACGGAAUAUCUUGUGUUUUGUUGUGUACAGUGCAAAAAUCACACACAAAUGUGUUUUCUGAUAAUGUACAGCUAGCACAGCUAAAUUAUAUCCCAUUGUAAACAACUAUAUUUUUCAUUCAGAAAAUAAAUAUUUUAAAUUGUUAAA